AUGUCUCGAAUUCUCGGUCUCGGUGCUCUCGGAAUCACUGCUGCUAGCACUUUGGCAGUAUGGCAAACUCGUUUCAACCCAAGGAUCCAUGAAGCAUCAAACUGUCAAAUGGAACGGCUCAAGGGUCUACCAACCAGAGAAGCCAUUGUUGAUUCGUUGAAGAAAGAAAAACAGUUUGAUGUUCUAGUAAUCGGAGGAGGAUCAGCUGGAGCUGGAGUGGCAUUGGAUGCUCAGACACGUGGAUUGAAAACUGCGAUGGUGGAAUACGGUGACUAUUGUUGUGGAACGUCUUCAAAGUCUUCGAAGUUGAUUCAUGGAGGUGUCAAGUAUCUAGAGACGGCUUUGAAGGAAAUGGAUUAUGAGCAAUAUAAGAUCGUUCAGGAGGGAUUGAAAGAAAGAAUCAAUGUCAUGAAAUGUGCUCCAUUCUUGUCCCACACUUUCCCAGUUCUGGUCCCAACUUACAAAUGGUGGCAGUCUGUUUACUAUUGGGGUGGAGUCAAAGUUUACGAUUUCCUUGCUGGAAAAUGUAUUCCAUCGAAAUUUGUAAGCAAAGAGGAAGCGAUUGAAAUCUGUCCAACGAUUCGGAAAGAGGGAUUGAGAGGCGCCAUGUUGUAUUAUGAUGGACAACAAAACGAUGCUCGAUUGGUUCUAGUUGUGGCAUUAACUGCAAUUCGGUAUGGAGCAAAAUGUGUGAACCAUACGGAAUGUGUUGAUUUGUUGAAAGAUUCGGAUGGAAAAGUGACUGGAGCAAUUGUGAAAGAUCACAUUUCUGGAGAGACUUAUAAAAUCAACGCAAAAGUAGUGGUCAAUGCCACCGGACCUCAUAACGAUCACAUUCGAAAAAUGGCUGACCCAAAUCGAAAACCAAUCAUAAUGGGAUGUUCUGGAAUCCAUUUAACUGUUGCCAAAUAUUUCUGCCCUGGAAAUACGGGACUUGUGAACCCAAAAUCGUCGGAUGGGCGAGUCAUUUUCUCAUUCCCCUGGGAAAAUGUCACUAUUGUUGGGACCACUGAUGAUGAAGCUGAACCAUCGCAUUCUCCAAAUGUGUCAGAAAAAGAGAUUCAGUAUAUUUUGGAGGAGAUGAAUAGAAGUUACGCGAAAGAAUAUCAGAUUAAGAGGGAAGACGUGAUUAGUGCUUGGUCAGGGAUUCGUGGAUUGGUAUGGGAUCCAAGAAAGAAGAAUCAUAGGACACUGGCCAGAGGGCAUGUUGUUGAUGCCAUGGCAGAAGAAACCAUGAAUAAAGUGGUGGAGAACAAUCGUUUCGAUGAAGUUAAACCAUGUGCAACCCGCGGAAUGAAGUUUGAAGGUGGACUCAAUUACACCCCGAUGCUCUAUCGAGAAAUAUCCAGAAAGUAUGGGUUGGAAGAAAAAGUCGCCUCUCAUCUAUGUCACACCUAUGGAGAUAAAGUCUACGAAGUUCUGAAGUUGUGUAAAUCCACCGGAAAACAAUUCCCAGCUAUCGGCCAUCGGCUUCAUCCAGAUUUCCCAUUUUUGGAAGCUGAAGUUAGAUACGCCGUCAAAGAAGAAUACGCUCGAAUUCCAGCUGAUAUUCUGGCGAGAAGAACUCGUCUGUCCCUUCUGGAUGCUCGUGCUGCCAAACAAGUAUUGCCACGUGUCGUUUCAAUAAUGGCCGAGGAACUGGGAUGGAAUCCAUGUCAACAGAAGAAAAACUAUGAGGCUGGAUUGGAGUUUUUGAAAGUGGAAAUGGGAGUGUUCAAUUUGGGAAAAGGAAAAGGAGAGAGAAUGGAGCUGACUAGUUCUGAAGAAUCUCAAAUCGCAUCCAUCUUCAAAAAAAUUGAUAAAGAAGGACGUGGAACAUUCUCGAGUAGUGACCUAAAAGAGUUUUUGAAUGAACAGAAGAAAAGUCAAAACGUUCAGAAGGAUAUUCUGGUAGAUGUGAUUACAGAAGCCAACGAUGGAAAUCGAUUUAUUUCACAAGAAGAACUACAGAAGAUCUACCUGAACAUCAAGAAUGGUUCCUACAAAGGACGUCGGUUGAUCGACCAUCUCGGAGAACUCAAAACUGAAUAA